CUGGAGGUACGUCAAUCUCUAAUUUUCGCUGCGUUAUUGCUCUGUUUUCUAACAUUUGGUAUCAGAGCAGUCGAAUUUACCUCUGCCUUGUUAAUUUUCUGAGUAAAAACUUUGCUCAAAAAUGGUGUUCUGAUUUUCAGAUCUAUGUUUUUGUCUUUUUGAUACAAAUUGGUGUUAGAAAUCAUAAGAAAGCAUAUUUUAUAACAAUUUUGUGAAUUUGUAUCCUUUUUUUUGGCAUUUGAAAUGGUAAAUAUGAACUGAUUUUGUAAAUUGGUUUAAUGGUAUUUCAAGGUCUUCAAAUAAUUUUUCAACUAGGUUAAACCAACCAAUAUGAAGAAGAUGACCAUAAAAGAAAUAUCAUGGCAAAAGGAGUCUUUCCGAGUCUUUUUUCUUUUUUCUGUGACAACCAUUUGAACUCUACUUUUGAUAUUGAUAAUAUUGAAAUUUGGAUUGAAAGGUUGAAGAUGAAAUGGUUGUUUUAGAAAGAUAAUGAUUAUUCCGUUGAAUAAUAUGCAUUUUCUAUAGGCAAAAUGAUCUUCUAGACCUCUGUACUAUGUCGGUUUUGUAAGUUGGACACUUUUACUUACAUGUUUGUCAUAACCCACAAAAAAACUAUAUUUUAAACCAUUUGAUCGUUGACUUUGCCUAUAUAGCAUUAAAAUGCUGACUAGAAUAAGGAGAGUGAUUACACUCACCUGAAGUGCGAAUGGGGAUCAAUUUUUGGCCAGUUUUAUAUUAAACUAAUUAAAAAAAUAAAAAUAAUAUUAAGAUUGAAAAAAAAUAAAGAAGAUUUUUUAUUCACUUUCUCAAACUUACCCUUUGUACAAUUUAAAUUUCACUUUCAUUUUGUUCCCCUUUCACUCCAAACAUGCACUUUGCCCACUUCACAACAAUGGCUGCCAAGAAAUUCCCCCAUAACCCUAACCUAGUCAACGGAAUCGGCAAAUUCUUCCGUUACAAAAUGUACCACAAAAAGGGCCUUUGGAUUAUCAAGAAGAAAAAGGGUGGCAAAUUCCCCACCCACCCAAAAUCCACCACCGCCGUUGCUCCACCCUCAACCACCGCCAUCAAACCACCAAAAUUCUACCCAGCUAAUGACGUGGAAAAAUUCCUUAUCAAUGAACACAAAUCAAAACCCACAAAAUUGAGAGCCAGUAUUACACCUAGUACUGGUUUGAUUAUUCUAGCUGAGAGAUUUAAGGAAAAAAGAGUUGUGUUCUUGAAACAACUUGUAUGUUCUGGACUGUUAAUUGUUAGUGGGUCAUUUAAGGUUAAUGGGGUUCCAUUAAGGAGAGUUAAUCAAGCUUAUGUUAUUGCUACUUCAACGAAAGUGGAUGUUAGUGGAGUUAAGAUUGACAAGAUUCAACGGAAGUUUAUGUUAUUCCUUGUCAUUGUUGUGGUUGAUAUUGUCGUUGUUGUUCAUUGUCAAAAAAAAAAAAUGUUGUUGCUCCUGAAGAGGAUCUUUGCUGGUUGAUAUUGUUAUUGUUGUUCAUUGUCAAAAAAAAAAAAAUUAUAUAACCGUGAAGAGGGUCUUUUUUUUUUUGCUGUGGUUGAUAUUGUUGUUGUUUAUUGUAGAAAAGAAAAAUAUUGCUGUUGUUCCCGAAGAGGGUCUCUGCUGAUUGAUAUUAUUGUUGUUGUUGUUCAUUGUAAAAAAAAAAAUUAUAUAUCCUUGAAGAGGUCUUUGCUGUGGUUGAUAUUGUUGUUUGUUGUUCAUU